AUGCCGGAACAAAAUCAAAACGCUAGGAAAGUUGAACGACAUUUUGCCCUCAUCUAUAUUGACCGUGAAGGAAAAAUUUGCCAUGAGACGUCUCCUUCCAUCUCCGAUAGCGCCCGUGCUAUUAUGACUUCGGAGUUUCUAAAAGCGGUGGCAGAAUCGAAUGAAGGCGGCUUUCCAACUCCUGCUCUAAAACUGCCGGACAGCCACUCUCUGAUUUCGCCCUCAUCAUCGCUAGCGCCUACAGCUCCUGGAGCAGCAAAACUAGGGACAGAUUUGCAACGUGGAAGAAGAUUGUGGACCGAAGAGCAUAGUUUCGAUGUUCAGACAGCCACAAUCUCAGUCAAGAACAAAGUGGUUCUCCGUCAAUACUAUGAGAAGGUCUUUCAGAACUUACAGCAAACGAAUUGCCGAGUUAUUGCCAAAGCCUAUAUAAAGCUCGUCGAGCCUCGCAAGCAAAUUCAAUAUCCCUACAAUGGAAGGAAGGCAAUGGCAGGCAAAACACAGCAAUUCAGUCCUGAAGAGACCAAACCGCCGUGGUGGCCACUUGGUGUGAGCCACCGGGAACCCGACCAUCUUCCUAAAGCUGAGCGCAUCGCGCUUCUCAUCCAUAUCCUAUGCGAAUUACGCACCAGCCACGGAAUCACCGCGCAGAAACUGAAAGAAGCAGGACAGCCGAUUCAACAACACAUUUCUCCGAUCGAACGAUUAAAACUACUGGACGAGCUAUACUAUGUGAGAGAGAAGGAGGAAAAUUUUCUAGAUGCAGUGACCGAUGGGAAUGAAAGAGUUUUGAUUUCGCGAGCGAACCUACCUCAAUACAUGGAUGUCGCCUGCAGACAAAAUUAUCCGGGCAAAAAGAGGUCUCAGGGUGAGCAAAAGCUGAAAUGCGAGCUGCCAAGUCAGAACUUGUCGAUACGCAUCCGACCUGCCCAGCGGAUGAUUUCUUUGAAGGUACCUGUCGACCCAUAUGCUGUCGUGAACACCUCUACACAGCAACAUCUUCUCAUGCAAUCUGGUUUGAAAUCUUCAUCGUCGCCUGAAUCGCCUCGAGAUCUAAAACGAAAGCUCUGUGUGCUGAGGAUGGCAAUCCUCCCACAAAGUUUUCUUCUAUGA